AUGGAAGGUGUUGGUGAAUUAGGGUAUGGUUAUUUACAAAACAAACCUCUUUUAUAUCGACCCAGUCCUCCAUUAACAGCCAUAGAGAGGUUCUUGUUGGGUAAUAACAACCAUUUCUCUCUCCAACCAACUCCAAACAUUGUAAAAAGCAAUGAACCACACAUUCCUUCAAGUGGUUUUCAUGGUUUUUCUCCUUUGCGUGGUGCAAUUGGUAGCUUUUCAGGCAGAUUUUCGUGGUCGUGUGUGCCGGAAACUAGAUUCACAGACAGGCUUAGGGAGACUGUUAACCGGACACAAGAUACAAAUCUUAACGUGGGUUUGAAUGAAGAGAACAUAUCAGUGCCAAGAAAUUCUAAAGGGGUUGUAAAGACAGUGAAAGAUAGGUCUUUUACGCCUCAGAUCAAAGGGAAAUGGACUGAUGAAGAAGAUAGGAUGCUGCUUAAAUUGGUGAGGCAACAUGGAGUGAGAAAAUGGGCUCAGAUAGCUGAGAAAAUGCUUGGCAGGGCUGGAAAACAGUGCCGGGAGCGAUGGCACAGUCAUUUGCGACCCGAUAUCAAGAAAGAUUGUUGGAGUGAAGAAGAAGAAAUAAAGUUGGUUAAAGCUCAUAAAGAGAUUGGCAACAAAUGGGCAGAAAUUGGAAAGCAAAUCCCGGGAAGGACUGAGAAUUCAAUUAAGAACCACUGGAAUGCAACCAAAAGAAAGCUGAAUUCAAAGGGAAAGAUCAAGAAAUCCGAGGCUCAGAUUAGAAGGGAUCUAACUCGAUCAACUAUACUCAAAAAUUACAUUAAAAGUAUGAAUUUGAGCGAUGCAGGUACUGACAUUGCCCCUCCUAUUACUGGAAGCACCACCACCCCUACUGGCUCCACUGUCACUGAAGAAGAUUUCUCAAACCAAUCCUCUCUUUCGCUUCCAUCGGAUUUGUCUGAGGAGUCCAUCGAUAACUCUCCUCAUUUCAUGUACCAAUCAUAUGAUGACGAACUCAACUUCAUGACCAACUUCUUUGGUAACAAAGAUGACCAACUACCACCACCACCACCAUCCAUUGAUAACAACAACAAAGACAAGGGUGUAAUUGAGUCUCCAACGGUUCAAAAUGAUCAUGCCAACAAUGUUUUGGGCCACUCAGGCCUUUCGGGCGUCAAUUCCUUUGGAUUCAAUAACAACAAUGGUGAUCACCAGUUCCUCAAUGACAAGAACAAUGGUGAUCAUCAGUUCGUCAAUGACAUGAUUGUUGGAGGUGGUGGCUUUUCCUCUUCCAUAACUGAGCCAAACAUGUUCAUAAAUACCCAUAUUGAAGAACCACGAAAAACCCAUUUGUCUUCUGACUUUUACCUCCCCAAUCUGUUUGAUGGAGCCACCACUACUUCACCUUCCAUGGGUUAG